UCCUUGAAAUUUUCUCGUUUCAAAGGAAUCAAAAUGCGAAAAAUUGUUCAAUUCGUAGUGCAGCGGAUAAACCCAAGAAUUCCGAAAGGCAACAACCGCUUGUACUCGUCAUCCGGACAAAAGAAUUCCCCAUCAGAUGACACACCAGCUCUGCGUCGAAUAUGGAAGCUAAUGUUUGGAAAGUACCUGCUGGUCACGAACACGGUCAGCUCCGGUGGGCUCAUGAUGCUGGGGGACGUUGUGGCCCAGGAGCUUGAAAAGAGACGCCACGGAACGGCUCACACCCAGCCGGGUUACGACUGGUAUCGAAUAGGUUGCAUGACCCUGGUGGGAAUAUCCCAGGGCCCGCUGCAUCACUAUCUGUACAAGUGGAUGGACCGCAUUCUGCCCGGGGCCAGCGUUUCGACAGUAUUCAAAAAGAUCGGCAUCGACCAGUUUGUCAUUUCGCCGAUCUUCAUCGUGACCUAUCUGUACAGUGCGGGACUGCUGGAGGGAAGUAGCGUGCGCGAGUGCACCGACGAGAUAAAGGAUAAAUACUGGACCAUUUAUACGGCGGAUUGGCUGGUCUGGCCGCCGACGCAGUUUAUCAACUUUUACUUUAUCAACCCAAAGUAUCGAGUGUUGUACAUUAACGCGAUUACGAUGUUGUACAACGUGUUUUUAUGUUACAUUAAGCACAACGAGGACCUUCGGAUAAAUUUAGUUGGUUCGGAUGAUAAUAAGAAGGAUAAAAACUAGUACUUAAGUAGAAAAUGGUGCUUGUGAGUGUAAAUAAAACAGUCAAAAUGGUGUGUUUAACAACGAGUUUCAUUUUUAUUGUUUCCCACUUCUUAAAUCGAUAUUGGCGUUACCGGAAAUCUAGCUUAACAUUGCAUUUAGUUUUUCUUAUCUGGAAAUGUCUGUUUCGUUUACGUUUCGUGGAAGAUGGCAAGUUGUUUUGUUAAAUGCGGCUUAUGUCCUGUUAACAUUUUGUUUAUUUCAAUUUGUGGCUGCCUCACAGAGAAAAAAAUCUUACAGACUAGAUAUGUGUAUGUGUAGAGUUGUUAUAAUUUGAUUACUUUGUAUCCAGAAUGCCAAGCGCGAAUCGUUUAUCAUUAUCUUACAUGGCAAGUGUGCAGUUGUGGGCUUUGGUGCGAUUCCGGAUGAA